AUGACACGAGUUUUAAACUUUGCUCAGUUCUCUAGUGUGUUUCUUCUUGCGGCUCAUAUACAUGCUGCUGAUGUUCCACCACCAUGGCGCCCUGAUCCUGAUUUAAGUCCUCCUCCAAUCUCAGACCCCGUUCCUACUACAUGCUCUACAUCAACUGUUAGCAUAGAAUGUGGAAAUAACGCUUGUCAAAGUGCCUGGGCAACAGCCUUCACAUCCUCCAUCGCCUACGUGCAAUCAUUCUGUUCAUCAUUCACCUCACCAGACCGCCAAAACACCAACAAAUUCGACAGACAAGGUCCUGUAACUGCAUGCACAAGAGGUCUCAACAAUGCCGCUAUUCAAUCUCCCCUCUCAUCAGUGUACUCCUGCUAUGCAGGGCCAGGAGUACCCACCCAAGCAUUCAUAAUCAUCUGUCCCAGCUGUCCACCCAUCCAAACUCAAACCCAAACCCAAAUUCAAACAAUCACAACCUCAAUACCCACCACCAUCAUUAGAAGCGCCAGCGAAAGCACCAAAACAAUAACCACAAUCAUAACUCUAAUCAUCGACCCCCCACCUCCAAGCCACAUCACCACCACAACAACCCAAACAAUAACACUCACCAACCCUAGCUUCAUCUCCGCCCCGUGCACCACCACAACAACAACAAACCUCGUAACUACAAUCCAAGUAACCGCAAUCUACGACUACUUCACCUGGACCACAAUACUAACCACCACCUACCAAGCCGGACGCUAUCCCUGCGCCACUACUAUCUGUACAUGUCCCGCGCCAACUCCCUCCAUAUCAACCAUUACAUAUACAUAUACAUAUACACCUGAAAACUGCAACAUGAAUUCCUUUCAAACUAGCACCAGCACCAUAACAAACGAUGCAUCCUUCCCCUCUCCAGCUUUCCCGACGGCCACUUGUAACCCCACUGCCAUCGCAACUACAACUACAACCAUAAUCCUCGUAAGCGACCCAUUACCUAUCGAAUACACUAUUACGGAAACAGUAGCUGCAGGAUCUGGAUCUGGAGUUUGUACGACAACGACAACGACAACGACGACGAAAACGGAAACGACGACGUGGGAUAAUGAUGGGUUUUGGCCGACACCUUCACCUUUUACAGAAUCAUCGCUUACGCUUACAGAUGAUAGUGCUACGCUGAUGCUGACGCCCGCGCCCACGCAGACAUUCUCGCAGAUUCUUAUUGAUGAGGGUGGAUUAACUUGGAGCGAGACGAGUAUUGAUAAUGGUAUUAGUACUUUGGUAGCGUGGUGGAUGUAG